AUGGUUGAUCGUCGUUCAGACCCGGAGGACGGUUCGCGAGCAAAGCGUCAGAAGAUGGAGGCCGGAGACCCCAAGAAUAACCCAUACCUCGCCCACAUGUACGAGGAUAAUCACUCCAAGGUCGACUCCAGCUCGGCCUUUGCCAAGUUCAAGCGCCAUCAGACUACGGCGGCGCUGGCCAAAAAGGCCGAGGAUGGUGAUGCGAAUCCGUUCAAUGGUCAGCCUUUUUCCAGCAAAUACUUCUCCAUCUUGAAGGGUCGUCGUGAUCUGCCCGUUCACCAGCAGCGCGAUGAAUUCCUGCAGCUCUACCAGCAAUCCCAAAUCCUUGUCUUCGUUGGUGAAACCGGUUCCGGAAAGACCACCCAGAUCCCGCAAUUCGUCCUCUUCGAUGACCUCCCCCAGACCCAGCGCAAGAUGGUCGCCUGUACCCAGCCUCGUCGUGUUGCGGCCAUGUCCGUUGCCCAACGUGUCGCUGAGGAGAUGGAUGUCAAGCUUGGCGAUGAAGUCGGUUAUAGUAUUCGUUUCGAAGACAAGACGAGCUCGAAGACUCUGUUGAAAUAUAUGACUGAUGGUAUGCUCUUGCGAGAGGCCAUGAACGAUCACAAUCUGUCGCGCUACAGCACCAUCAUCCUUGACGAGGCUCACGAACGGACAAUGGCUACUGAUGUUCUCAUGGGUCUUUUGAAAGAAGUUGUGGCGCGCCGGGCUGACCUCAAGAUCAUCAUCAUGUCUGCCACCCUUGAUGCGCAAAAGUUCCAGCGCUACUUUUUGGAUGCGCCGCUUCUCGCAGUGCCUGGACGAACCCAUCCCGUCGAGAUUUUCUACACCCCCGAGCCGGAGCAGGACUACGUUGAGGCCGCCAUUCGGACUGUCCUACAGAUUCACGCCACCGAAGAUGAAGGAGAUAUUUUGGUUUUCUUAACUGGUGAAGAAGAGAUUGAAGAUGCCGCGCGCAAGAUUGCACUUGAGGGUGACGAAAUGGUCAGGGAAGCCGAUGCUGGCCCUCUCAAGGUGUAUCCGCUUUACGGUAGUCUGCCUCCCCACAUGCAACAACGCAUCUUCGACCCUGCACCUCCGGCUCGUCGUCCCGGUGGCCGCCCCGGUAGGAAAGUCAUCAUCUCCACCAACAUUGCCGAAACAUCUCUUACCAUCGACGGAAUCGUGUAUGUGGUGGAUCCCGGUUUCUCCAAGCAAAAGAUCUACAACCCCCGUAUCCGUGUCGAAUCUCUGCUGGUCUCACCCAUCUCCAAGGCUUCCGCGCAACAGCGAGCUGGUCGUGCGGGUCGUACGCGUCCUGGAAAGUGCUUCCGUCUUUACACCGAGGAGGCUUUCAAGAAAGAGCUUAUCGAGCAGACAUACCCUGAGAUUCUUCGGUCGAACUUGUCCUCUACCGUGCUCGAAUUGAAGAAGCUUGGAAUUGAUGACCUGACUUUGAUGAGAGCGUUGGAGGAGCUCAACUAUUUGGCUUGUCUGGACGAUGAGGGUGAACUCACCCAACUUGGUCGCCUGGCAUCUGACUUCCCGCUUGAUCCGGUUCUGGCAGUCAUGCUGAUCAGCUCUCCCGAGUUUUACUGCUCUAACGAAAUUCUUUCCAUCACUGCUCUCCUCUCCGUUCCUAAUGUGUUCGUUCGCCCUGCAUCCCAGCGGAAGCGCGCCGAUGAGAUGAAGGCUCUCUUCUCUCACGAGCAUGGUGAUCAGUUGACCCUUUUGAACGUCUAUCACGCAUUCAAGGGUGCUGAGGCGCAAGCAAACCCCAAGCAGUGGUGCCACGACCAUUUCCUCUCCCUUCGUUCCCUGCAGUCCGCGGACAACGUUCGCAUGCAAUUGCUCCGAAUUAUGGAGCGCGAAGAACUCGACAUGGUGUCGACCCCCUUCGACGACAAGAAGUAUUACGAGAACAUCCGUCGCGCUCUGUGUGCCGGAUUCUUCAUGCAAGUUGCCAAGAAGGAGUCUCAAGGCAAGAGUGUAUACACCACCAUCAAGGACAACCAAAGUGUUCUUCUGCACCCGUCCACUGUCUUGGCCCACGAUGCGGAAUGGGUCUUAUACAACGAAUUCGUUCUUACUACCAAGAACUACAUUCGUACGGUAGUCGCUAUUAAGCCCGAGUGGCUAUUGGAUAUUGCGCCCACAUACUAUGAUGUCAACUCGUUCCCUAAAGGCGAUAUCCGAUCAUCUCUCCAGCGUGCCGCCGACCGACUCGCUCGCAAGGAAAAGAUGCGCUCCGAGCGCCGAUAG